ACACAAAUAAAACUUCAUAGCACAAUAAGUAAAAGAUAGAUGCACUUUAAUUUGAGAUAACCUAAGGUGUUUAACUACAAGGGAAGUAGGGAAUAGGAUGUUAUCUGCGGUAAAAUACCAGCCUUUUUUUUAGAGUGCUGUUGUUCGAGUGAGUUGCUCUAAUUUCUUGCGUUUUGAUGGUCUGUUUCCAAUAGAUCUAAAAUGGUUGUCCCAAAUGGCCAGCCGUUGUCCCCAACCAUUUCAAAUUGGCUGAUUUGUGGCGAAUCCUGCUGCGAAAUUUGGAGCCGCUCCACAUUAAUUGAACCGAGGCGGUAAUCGGCCCUCACCGCAGCAAAUAACUAUGGGGGGAAAGGGGUUUUGCCUCACUAAUGAAAUACCCAGACCAAAUUAAUUUUGCGCCAUAACCUUCAAGUAUUUGGCGCAAGAACCCUUCCUCAGAGCCAAGGUUAACAGGCCCUCCCUCAGCCGUGUAGCUCCCGUGCACGAAGGUGAAGUAGAAGGGGUCGUCCGAGUUUUCUCCUUCUGCCGUGCAUGUGUGUGACGUCGUCGGCGUCAUCCCAAUCCAUCCGUCCCUGUGUCAUCCUUGGCAGGCUUCUCCCCUUUGGCGGUGCUUCGCGUUCCCGAUUGCAAUAGACUCCCCUCUCAGUGGUUUAUCUCAUCCACGUCCGUCUCUGCGGUUUGUCCGCGUCCUGAAGCCCCUUCUCUCACUGUCCGAUUCCCGGUGGUUCCUCUCUCACCCUCACUCCAGUCAUCCUGCUGCACUUGGGAAAGAUGUCCCGGGUAGGUCGUUUCAUGAAGAAAGUCCGUGUAGACACAGCAUGUCAAUAGCCUCAAGUGGGAGGUCAUGCGGCUUCAACUUCGCAGAGAGCGGACUGCCCAAUUGCGCCACCCAGUGGCAGUAGUGCCCCCACAUCCUCGUCUUUACGCCCCUUUCGUCCGCCCCGAACCGAACCACUGCCUGCUCCACAGGCUUCCAUGAAUGAUGUUCAAAACUCGGAGCCGGAAGCCAAAGAGGUAGACCCAAAGGCAGAUGAGGUAGAUUCUUUUGACCAACAUGUUGAUAACCUUUUAGCUGUAUCAGAUGCUUAAAGGCGCAAGGGACGCAAGACCACAGAAUUUUGGGAUGUUAAAACAAUUGAAUCCGAUGGCACAAUCAAACAGGUCAAACUGAGUGUGAAGGAAGCUAUAAAGCCACCUAAUGGAAGAAAGAUCGUACUCAGGUUUAACAGUGCACUGCAACCAGUUGGGGAUGAAGCAGGUCUACUGAGCAGCGUUAUGGGACUGCUAGGAUCUGACUACACCAAAUUUCCAAUCUGCGAGAGGGACUGGAGAAAGGUUCGCACCAGGGACAAGGUCUAUAAUGAAAUAGUAAAGGAAAUAUUCCAUUUUGAAGAAGAUAGUAGAGGAAUUAUAAAAGGUAUAAUAUUCAAAAUGCUAGGAAGGGCUUGGAAGGAAACGAGGAACAGAUUAUACCAUCACUGCUAUGACCCAGAACUUUCACUUGCAGCAAAUAUUGAAAACCGCCCAGAUGGAAUUAUUGCGGACCAUUGGAGAAGGUUUCUCGAUUAUCGCAAUAGCGAAGAGACACAGGAGAAGUGUAAGAAAAAUGCCGAGAAUCGAUCAAAGCAGCUUUACACCCACACCGGCGGAUCGAAAAUCUUGGCAAGGCUCGGAGAAGAAGAGUCGGAACGACAAGGGAGGAUAGUUAGUAGAGGAGAGUUGUAUCUCUUAACGCACAAAAGAACUAAUGGCUCUUAUAUCCAUGAUGUAGCUCGCGCUAUUGGAGAAAGAAUUGAGGCUAUUGAGCAGGGCGAUGAAUCUUCUGGACUGUUAUCCCAGAAUGAUUCGCUUGCUCAAGCUCUCGGAAAAGAGCACCCGGGUAGGGUGCGUGGCAUGGUGUUGGGGCCGACUUCUAGUCAAGUCUUCGGUAUGAAUUCCCAUCAGUCGAGCAAUGGUUUUGAAAGGGAGGAGACCCAAAGGGUGCUGCUUGAACUGCAAGAAGAGUUGGCAGCAUAGAAAUUAAAAAGGAAGGGAGUGGAGGAUGAAGUAGCAGCCGAGAAGACUAAAAGACAGGCAGUGGAGGAUGAAGUAGCAGCCGAGAAGACCAAAAGACGGACAGUGGAGGAUGAAGUAGCAGCUGGGAAGGUCAGGAUGCAGGCAAUGGAGAGUGCUUUGAUAUGUCUACUUCAAGGGCAAGGUAGGAAGCUGCCAUCAGACGUCGCCACAUGGAUGAGUGCGUUGGAGGGACAGAAUAGAAAGUAGUUCUUAGGAUUGUGGAACCUUUUCUUCUUUCAGAUAUACACUUUUAUUUUGUUGAUUAUGCAACUCUUAGUAAGGAGUACACUUUGUUGAUAUUCGGAUAAUUAUAUUAAUUAAAUUAAUGGUUUUGCUAU